GAGAGGCAGAGCUUGAAAACGGAAAAGUUUGUAGAAAUUAAGGAGAAGCAGGAGUGAGAUUUACAAACACACUUGGAUCAGAAGGUGAAUUUAACCUUACUUAAACUUUUAGGAUGUUCAAGAGGAAUAAAGACAGCACAGUGAAAGAUGAUUCCAAGAUAAACAAAACACAGGUGAGCAAUCUGGCCUUGCUGAUUGCACGUAUGCAGAAAAAUGCAGACACUGUUGAGAAAGAUGUACUGCGCGCAGAAGAGCUGCUGCUCCUUGAUGCUGAAAAUGAGAAAAAUAAUAAGACAUUACAGCAUCAGAAAGAAACAGCAGAUCUCCUUGGCCGGGCAGAAGGGCUCCUGAAAGAUCUGUUUUUGGAUAUGGACAAAGCCAAGAAACUGCAACACCCUCAGGCAGGAGAAAUAGAGAAUGAUGUAAGUCGCCUUCAUGAGCGUUGGCUGAAAGACUGUUCCCUUUACCGAGAGCUGUAUGAGCCAUUGAACGAGGUGGAACUUCAACCAAGAAUUAACUGGGCUCUGGUACUAAACCAAAAACAGAAAGAUGCAAGCAAAGAGGAGUAUGGCCCAACACUGGCUGACCUGAAAAAGCAGAUCGCAGCUCAUAACAUCCUUCAUAAAGAGAUUGAGUCUUAUAACAAUCAGCUAAACCCUGGAUCAACCAGUUCUCAGGAGGAAUAUGCUGCCAUUAAAAAACAAUAUGCCAACCUACUGGAUAACUCAAAAUGGCGACGUCAUUAUCUCAACAGUCUGUAUGACUACAUGCAAGACUGUGACAAGGAGGUGGCAUACAUGAAGGAAGAGCAGAACAAGAUUCUUAAACAGGACUGGAGUGAUCAGAUGGUCGACCAUGCUGACGUUCGCAGACAAUAUGAGAACUUCAAGAAUAACAGUCUGCUGGCACAUGAAAGUGAGGUCAACAAAUUGCAGGAUGAUGGUGACAGAUUGAUUGAGUUGAAACAUCCUGCUGCCAGCACUGUGCAGGCCCAGAGAGACACUGUAAGAAAUGAAUGGCAGAAGUUUCUGAAUCUUUGCAUCUGUCAGGAAACCCAUCUGGACAAUAUAGAGGAGUACAAAAAGUACCAACUGGAUGCAGACACCUUGUCUGAGUCUUUGUCUAAGCUUGGCUCCACUGUUGAUGCCAAAUCUGUCAAUGGCAAAACCAGCACUGAAAUUCAGAUGCAGCUUCAGAGUGAAGAAAGGCCUUUACAGCGCAAUGAGCAGCUAUUGGCUGACAUGAGAAAGCGAAGCACUACAAUUGUACCACUAAAACUUCGCCGCACUCCUCCAAGCAAAACUACUACGGUUGAGUCUCUAUGUGACUGGAAAACUCCCAAGGCCACAUUAAACAGAGGAGAGCUGUUCAAUCUUAAGUCUAACACAGACAAUGAUAACUGGGAAGUUCAGUCCAGUGAUGGGACAAGCCAAAAAUUUCCUGGAGUUUGCUUUAUGAUUCCUCCACCUGAUCCUGAGGCUAUCAACCGAGUUGACCUGCUUGGGAAGGAGUUAGAAGAUUUAAAGAAAAGACGGGCUGCUCUGAGAACUUUGCAGAACAAUCAACAAUCCAAAGCCCCUUUAUCACAGGCUCCAGUUCCUGCACCUAGAGCUGAGGAAAAUCCCAAAGCUGCAGUGCUGGCUAACCGUCUAAACCAAAUGGAUAAAGAUCUAGGUCAAGUUGAGAUGGACACUCUGAACUGUAUAAGAAGCCCACUAAACCGCACUGACCCUGCCACAGACCUUGCUAAACGUCUGCAGGAGCAAGAGAAAACAACUGCAGCACUCCAGCAGCUGGAAAAACAGAGAGUUGCAGCCCAAAAGGAAAUGGAACCUUUACUUUCAAAAGACUUAAAUGGGCCAACUUCUUCUACUUUACUCCAAAACCUCAGUGAUGCUAAAAACAAACAGGACAGUCUAGUUGCUCUGAACAGUCUCUACAAAAAGAAAGCAAAUGCCUCUUUGGUUUUGGAGAGACAGCUUAGGCAGAUGGACAACACUGUCUCAGGCUUUGAGAAACAGCUAAGUGAGGAUGGUGCCAUUCCUGACAAGCCUAACGCCAUUCAGACACGUACACAGGAGAUUCAGGGUUUAAAAAGAGAUGUUGCUGGUUCUCAAAAUGAGAUGCAAAAGCUAAGUGAGGACCUAGAGGCACUUAAGAAGCUAUGCAGUUCACUUCAGCAGGGUUACCAAGAAUACUGCCCUGAUAUACGCAGACAGGAAGCAGAAGUGAAGAAUCUUCAAAGCCGAUACUCCAAUGUGAUCAACCAGCUGAGUGAAAGAGAAAGGCUUUUGCAGGAAGCUAACACUAAACAUCAGGACUUUCAAAAUGUGAGCCAAUCACUGAGCUUGCUCUUAGAUAAUUUACCGGACAACAAGGUUAGCCCCAAAGAUGAUUUGUCUCAAAUCCAAGCCAAGCAGAACUCUCAAAAGAGAGUAAUAGAAGAUAUACAGAGGAAAGGGGAUGACAUGAACAGAGUGGUUGAUCUCUCCAAGGAUCUCCAAAAUGUUCUUAACGAAUACGAGGUGAAUUGUGAUAAGUACAAAGCUAUUCUUGAUGACACAACUGUGACAAAUGCUAAAAGGCUUCACACCUCUACCCUAGCAAGCUCUGUUGCUAAACAGGAGAAGGAUCUUACUAAACAGUAUGCUGAGACCGCUGCUGAAAGUGACCAGUUACUCAAACAAAUAAACUUUGCAAAGGGCAUUGUGACUGAGAAUGUGGAACAAGUCAACACCAUACAACAACAGCAACAACAGCAGCUGCAACAAAAAGCCUUUGAGGACACUGAAGUUCUCCAGAAAGAGUUAAAGGAGGAAAUUGCCAAACGUACUAAUGCAGAGAAUACACUGGGCACGAUUAAAAGCAGAUAUUUAUCUCUGAAGAGCAGAAGAGGAAUAGAGCGAGUUGAAGAGAAAGAGAUACUGCAGUAUUACCGUGACCCAAAACUUCAGGCCAGUGUGGACGACUUUCAAAAAAAGAUUCAUGAAGAAGCAUUGAAGCGCACCAAAACACAGAGUGAGAUUGAGGUACUGAACAGAAAGAUCACUAGCCUAGAGAGUGAACUUAAGAACACCAAGCCCAAGCUAGUCACAAGAGAAGUGACUGAGGUAGAGAGAGACCCUCAACUAGAUGUAGAAUCAACAAAUAUUCAUGAAAGCAUUAACAAAUUGAGUAGGGAGCUUAGAGUUAAAGAACAAGAGAAGGCUCAGCUGCAAACAGAGCUGAAAAUGUUAGAGCAAAAGAAGCAAAACAUAAAAGAGAAGGUGGUGCAAAAGGAAGUGGUUAGACUUGAAAAAGAUCCAGAAAUGUUAAAAGCAGUUAGGACAUUUGAGUUGGAUAUCUCAGAUGAAGGAGAAAGGUGCAAGUCACUGAAGAGUGAAAUCUCUCAAACCAAGAGUAAUAUAAAUUCUCUUGAGAGACUCAUCCCAACAUUGGAGCCAAAAGUGGUCACGAAAGAGGUAAAAAGAGUGGAGCAGGACCCUGUACUUAUAAUGGAGUCCAAAGAGCUUCUGAAUAAAAUAGAAGAAGUGAGAAAUGAGAACAAAAGUCUCAUGUUUGAGCUUAAUAACCUUCAAUCACGUCAUGUCCAAAUACAACAGAUGAAGCCGAGAGUGGAGGUCAAAGAAAUCAUAAAUGAGAACUUCAGAGUAGCCCCUGAAACAGAAGCAGAAAUGCAGCGCUUGAGAAGAGAGCUUCAAGACAACAGCAGGCAGUGCUCAGACUUUGAGAGACAAAUUAGCUUUGUCAAAACAGAACAUGAAGCUCUUCGUGCACAGAAACCCAAGGUUGAAUACAAGGAAGUAGUCCAGGAAGUUGUAAAAGAGGAACGAAGUCCUGAGAAUGUUAGAGAGAUACAGAGGCUUUCUGAUCAAGUAUAUUCUCUGCAAAAAGCCUACAACAAUUUGCAAAAUGAUCUUAUACGUCUAAGAAAAGAUAGGGAUGAGUGGAAAGCUGAAAAGUCAAAGGUAGAGACCAAGAUUGUCACUAAGGAUGUAACAAAGUAUGUUGACGACCCACUUCAAGAGAAAGAAGUUGAUCGUCUCAGGAGAGACGUCCGUGAAGAAACUCAGAGGCGCAGAACAAUAGAGGAAAUGGUGUUUGAUCUUCAGAACAAAUAUAUUCAGCUGGAGAGACAAAAACCUGAGGAAAAGCUUGUAGUACAAGAGGUAGUGCGUCUACAAAAGGAUCCAAGGCAGAUCCUUGAUCAUGACAGGUUAGGAAGGAGUCUAGAUGAAGAAGUGAAGAAUAGGAGAAAACUAGAACUAGAGGUACAGCAGCUGAGAGCACUCAUAGAAGACAAGGAAAUAGCAAUCAGGAGCAGUGAUGAAAAGCAAAAAAAGAUUCAGGUGGAAACUGAGCUGAGACAAAUUAAAUCCAGAAUUCAUGAGCUAGAAACUGCCCCACCUCCUAUUGAAGAGAACAUAGUCAUAGAGGAAGUUCUAAAAGUUGAGAGGGAUCCAAAACUUGAUAAACUGACAAAUGGUCUUCGCACAGAUAUGGAUAAAGAAAGCAGCGACAUUAUGCGUCUAGAAAGAGAUAUCAGGAAAUUGGCACUUGAUAUUGAAAUCUUGCAGCGAGAGAAGUCAGUUGAGAAGACCAUCUAUAAAGAGGUUGUUCGUGUAGAGAAAGAUCAAGCACUUGAAGCAGAACGAUCCCACCUUAGAGACCAGUUCCUUCAGGAGAAAAAUGUCAGACGAGACCUUGAGGAUAAACUCCAUCGUCUACAAGAGAAACUACAGCAACAAGCAAGCAAAAAAACGGCAAUGUCGCUGGAGGAGACCAACCUAGUUCAUGAUCGGGACAAGCUGCAAAGAGAAAAAGAAAACCUUCAGAGAGAACUGAGAUCAUUGGAAUCUGAAAGACAAAACAUCACCAUCUCCUUCCAACAGCAUUCUAGGCUGAUGAGUGAAAGAAACCAAAUGAACAGGCAAAGAAGCAUUAAAAUGGAAUCAGAUGGUCAGAGGCUGGAAAGGGAUAUCCUUGAUGAAAAAGACAAAAUUCACAAACGAGAUAACAUAAUUAGGGAGCUGAAGAACAGUUUACAGAAGGAGGACUCCUCUGAGAUGCGCACAAAAGAAGUCAAUGUUUCCACAAAGAUAAGCAUCUUGGACCCCAACACUGGAAAAGAUAUGUCACCAUAUGAUGCCUAUAGGCAAGGCUUCCUCGAUCGCAACAAAUACUUGCAGUUACAAGAAAUGGAGUGUGACUGGGAGGAAAUCACUACAAUGGCACCUGAUGAUGAGAUAUUGGUUUUGCAAGAUCGCAAGAGUGGGAAACAGUACUCCAUCAAAACUGCACUAAAAGAAGGCAAGGUGACCAAAUACCAACUACAACAGUAUAAGGAUGGCAAAAUGUCUAUUUCAGAGUUUGCUCUUCUUGUAGCUGGGGAAAAAAAAUCAUCGUCAUACACUCCACACUUCAACAGCCAAUUGAAUCAACAGCUUAAAGAAGAGUUUCCUAUAUGUGGUGUAUAUGAUGUACACACAGAUUCAUGUGUAAAUGUGCGCAGUGCCAUGAGUCGAAAGUUGAUUGACACCAACACUGCCCAAAAGCUUCUUGAAGCACAAGCUGCCACUGGAGGUAUUGUGGACAUCAGCAAUGGAAUAAAAUAUUCGGUACACAAAGCAGCUGAUCGAGGUCUGAUUGAGUCUAGUCAGCUACAGAGGUUACUAAAUGCUCAAAAGGCCUUCACCGGAGUUGAGGAUCCUAUGACCAAAGAACGUCUGUCGGUCGGAGAGGCUGUACAAAAAGGCUGGAUGCCCAAAGAAAAUGCCAUGAGAUACAUGGAGGCACAAUUUCUGACAGGCGGGUUGGUCAACCCCAACAAAGCAGGAAGAGUUAACAUUGUGGAUGCAGUCAGCUCUAAGAUGAUUGACAGUACAAUGAUGAGAGAGCUUCAGGAAGAGAUCAAUUAUGCAAAAGAGCUGACUGAUCCAAUCACAAAGGAAAAGAUCAACUACAAACAGGCUUUGGCUCGUUGUAAGAUAGACCCACUCUCAGGCCUUCCGAUGUUUAAUGCUUCCUCAAAAAAUGUCUAAACUUCCUUAUAUUUCAGUCAUACAUAGCCACUCAUAGUCUACAUUGGUUUACAUAAUGUAUUCAUUUAAUCCAAUUACUUGUUUCUGUACUGUCAACGUAACCAUUUCUCCCUGUCAUACAAAAACCAAACAAACAAACAAAAAAGCAGUCAAGACCCUCACCUAUUGUGUUUUAUGGGUGUGUUACAGUUUAUUUUAAAAAAAUUUUAUUAUUAUUAUUAUUUUUAUUUUUUUUUUUACAAUUUUACAAUCAUUUUGCCACAAAUUUCAGAACCCUGGAUUCAAUUUUCCAAACUCUAGACACAAAAUUCACAACCAUUGCACUUUGCAAAUUGCACUUUUUUUUUUUCAAAAUUCUUGGAUGAAAUAAAUUCAAGUCAAAUACACUAAAAUGACCUUUUCAGUAAAUUACAAUUAAACAUCAAAUUGAUCCUAUUUCAAUAUGCAACUCAAACAUUACAUUUGAAAUAACUGUGGGUUAAUUUAAUCACCACAAUAUAACUAUCAACUGACACAAGCACUCUAAAUGAUAGUGAUAUAAAUAUAUGCAAAUUACAGGUGACAUUCUAGUUCAUAUGGAUUUCACAUAUAUGAAACAUGUCAUGUCAAAAUAUUGCAAAAAUUGCCAUUUUUUCAACCAUUAUAUUUACAAAUAAGCAAGAAACACUGUUGUUAAGUUUGCUAUUCUCCUUUUUUCAGUAAACCUACAUUAUGUUUGAAUGAAUAAAACUUUAGUUCAGUGAAUCCACUGUCUGUACUAUUCCUUCUACACUUACGUGUAAACCAUAAUGAAACGUGAAAUAUUUUUUCAUGUUAUAAUGAAACCAUAUAUUUUUCAAAACAAUAUUUAAUGAAUGUUAAUGAUUGUUUAUUGAAACGGAAAAUUGUGUGUGGGUGAUCUAAAGUUUUGUUCCUGUAGUAUUUGUAUGAUAAAAGGAUUAUGUGAACCAAUGAAUUUGCAAAUGUUUAAAGAAAAGAAAGAAACGCAACAUGCAAAGUUUUGAACAGUGGAAAGUCUGUGAUAAAAGCAGUGACUGUUUAGAGUUUUGUGUCUAGAGUUUUAAAAAUUGACGUCAGGGUUCUGAAAUCUGUGCCAAACGAUGAUUUUGAAAAAUAAGUAAAUAAAGUGUAAUUGUAAACUUAAUAAAAAAGGUUUCAAAAUUACUUAUUACAAGUUAAUACAUAUUUAAUAAAUGUUUAGAGGUGCACAAAACGAAACCCUUUAAAAGUUGUAAGUUGUCAUACUUAAUCAGAUAUAUAUUGUAAAUGUGCAACAUAGAUCUGAUUAAGAUCUAUAAACAAUCUAUUUUAUAUCUCAGGUGCUAUAAUAUUUGUCAAUUUGACUGUAGUACUUUGAACUAAGUCUUUUAAGUGUUGAAAAAUAAUGUUGAGACAUUUAACUCAUUUGACUAUGUAAUGGGGCAGAAAUUUGUACCACAAAGUAAAACAUAUUUAUCCAAAUAAAAAAUGUUAUUCUGUUUAUUUACAUGGU